GAAAGAAGAUAUAACGUAGAAAAGCUAUAGCUAUAAAGAGAGGAGCAGUUAAUCUUGUACGAAUAAUAACAAAUGAAUGUGGUUUCCAAAGCCAUUGAACAUUCAAAUCUCGGCCACCACCAACGGCUACGUCCAACGAGCCCUACAAGGCCUCCACAGAGUCGAUGUGCUCGACUGCGGGGCUUAUGGCCAACUCAUUCAGCACUGCACAGACCGCCGCCUGCUCCGUCAGGCCAAGCAGCUCCAUGCCCGCCUCGUCCUCUUCGCAGUCGUGCCCAGCAACUUCCUGGCCUCAAAGCUCAUCACUUUGUAUUCCAAAACCAACCACCUCAGCCAAGCGCGCAAGGUGUUCGAUCAAAUUCCCCACAAGAACACCUUUUCAUGGAACGCUAUGCUCAUUGGGUAUUCUUUUAACAACAUGCAUUCCGACACUCUGAAGCUGUUUUCAGCUAUGGUGUCUUCGUGUUCGGACGAAGUGAAGACUGAUAAUUUCACAGUUACUUGUGUCUUGAAGGCUUUGGGGGCUUUGCUUUCCGGUUCAAGAUUGGCUAAGGAGGUUCAUUGUUUUGUUUUGCGUCAUGGGUUUGAUUCAGAUGUUUUUGUUACUAAUUCUUUAAUAACUUACUACUCGAGAUGUGAUGAGCUUGGAUGGGCGAGAACAUUGUUUGAUAGAAUGCCGGACAGAGAUACGGUGUCGUGGAAUUCGAUGAUUGCCGGGUAUUCACAGGCUGGUUAUUACGCAGAGUGUAAAGAGUUGUUUCGGGAGAUGUUAAGGUUAGGGAGGUUGAGGCCUAAUGGGUUGACAGUGGUUAGUGUCUUGCAAGCAUGUUUACAGUCCAGUGAUCUUAUAUUUGGUAUGGAGGUUCAUCAGUUUGUGAAUGAGAGUCAAAUUGAGAUGGAUAUUAUUCUUUGUAAUGCUCUCAUAGGGCUAUAUGCAAGAUGUGGUAGCUUGGAUUAUGCUGAAGAAUUAUUUCAUGGGAUGAGUGAAAAGGAUGAGGUCACUUAUGGUUCAUUAAUUUCGGGCUACAUGUUUCAUGGGUUUGUUGACAAAGCCAUGGAUCUUUUUCGGGAAAGUAAGAAGCCAAGAUUAAGUACUUGGAAUUCUAUGAUUUCAGGUCUAGUUCAGAACAAUCGGCAUGAAGCCGCCUUAGAUUUAAUUCGUGAAAUGCAGGCAUGUGGUUGCAAACCAAAUACCGUGGCACUGUCAAGUAUUCUUCCUGCAAUAUCCUAUUUAUCAAAUCUGAAAGCAGGGAAGGAACUACAUGCUUACUCUGUUAGAAACAAUUUUGAUGCCAAUAUUUAUGUCGCGACUGCUAUUAUCGAUACUUACGCAAAGUCGGGGUUCGUUCAUGGGGCACAGCAGGUUUUUAAUCAAUCAAGAGGUAAGAGCUUGAUCAUUUGGACGGCAAUAAUCUCAGCUUAUGCAUCCCAUGGAGAUGCUGAUAUGGCUCUUGGUCUUUUUUAUGAGAUGCUAAAUAAUGGCAUUCAACCAGACCAAGUGACAUUUACAGCAGUCUUAACAGCUUGUGCUCAUUCUGGAGUGGUAGAUGAAGCUUGGAAGAUCUUCGAUGCCAUGUUUCCGAAAUAUGGCAUUCAGCCCUCAGUUGAGCAUUAUGCCUGCAUGGUAGGUGUUCUUAGCCGAGCUGGACGACUCUCAGAAGCUAUAGACUUAAUUCACAAAAUGCCAGUUGAGCCGAGUGCUAAGGUUUGGGGUGCACUACUUAAUGGGGCUUCAGUUUCUGGUGAUGUAGAAUUGGGAAAGUUUGUCUGUGAUCGUUUGUUUCAGAUUGAGCCUGAUAAUACAGGGAACUACAUCAUCAUGGCAAAUUUGUAUUCACAAGCUGGGAGAUGGGAAGAGGCUGAUAAGGUCAGGGAGAGAAUGAAAAAAGUUGGACUGAGGAAGAUUCCUGGCAGUAGCUGGAUUGAAACAAGUGAUGGAUUACAAAGCUUUAUAGCAAAAGAUACAUCAAACGGAAGAACCGAAGAGAUUUAUGAAAUACUGGAAGGGCUGCUGGGGUUGAUGAAAGAAAAAGGUUACGUUUUGCUGGAUGAAUUAGAUGAGGAGAGUGUUAACAAUUGAGCCAAGAUCAUCAUAACUGGAAGGCUCAAGCAAAGUAGGAAUUGGAUGAGGGUCUUUAAUGGAAUGAUGGUUUAAGAACUACCCUAUUUAUCAGAAAUGGCACCUGGAUGGUGUGCAAUAUUGCAGGGCUGUUAAAUUCAAGUGUUUUAAUUGCUCAGAAGUAGGAACAUGUUUCAUUCAUCAUUACAAGUGUAUUAUGCC